GCCGGGAGAGGGGGGAGACCGAGGCGGGGGGGCAAGGACAGGCGCCCCUCCCUUUGUCUGUCUGUCCGUCCAUCCUUUCACCCCGAUCUACCCAUUCUACCAUCCCAUUCCCCGACCAUCUUCGCUCAACUCCCUGCCACUGGGUGAGACGGGCUUUUCAGCACCAGCUUCAACUGAGUCUGGUCCCAAUUCUGGCCGGAUCGGGCCCAUUUUCCUGACACCCCGGAUGGGAACCAGAAGAGGGGGUGGGAUGGGAAUAAUUUGAGUGCCAGGCUCUAAGCGACAGCUUGAUGAAUGGGGUAGAUUGCAGAUGAACCUGUCGAUUUAUCUACUGUUGUUGUUCUGGCCCUUUACGCAAGAGUCAGCAUUCUGGCCAGGGAGGAAGGAAGUUUGCAUGUAUGUCUGUUAAACAGAAGGGCGGAGGAAAAGGCCACAUUCCGACUGAGUCGAUUGAUUGCUGUGGAUCGCUGGAUUUCCCAUGGAUUGGUUUCUGUGGAUCAGUGGAUAUUCUCAUUGAUUGGUUCCCGUGGGGGAAGUUAUGAAUGACUGGAAGUCAGGAAGCGAGAUCUCCGCGCUGACAAGCUGAGGGCAAAGCAAAGAAAGGUGGGGGUGGAUUUCUUAUUCAUAGAAACUGUCAGCGUCCUGCUUUAAGUAAUUUUUUUUAAAAAAAAUUCCAAAGAAAAUAUAAGGAAAUACAAGGCCAGUCGGCGUUGGGGACUGAAGGACGGAUUGCUGCAUCUUUUGGAAGGAAGGGAAGGUUGGCUUGUAUUGUCAGACCUAGAAAAAAACAACAACUCCACUUAAUAAGUAUUUAUUGAACUCGAGUCUUUUUCCUUUACUGUGAAAGCUUCCCUCCAAAAUAUCUGAAGGACUUUUUCAACCGAUCCCGGACCAGAAGAAGUUGGAUACAAAAAAGGGGAACCGACAAAGUUCGGUGGAAUCCGCAGCCGAACUGACAAAGCGCAGCCGAAUCCUCGGCCUCCCGGCGUUCAGGUCGAAUUAGCCCCCCUCGACGCUUUCUCCAGGAUGUAUUUUCUAUCCUAUGGAUAUCGGUUGGGAGAGGCCAGAUGAGGGGGAUCUGAGGCUGCUUGUGUGCCGCGCGGGGUCCAUGCCUGCCCUCCCUCAGGACUGCUGGAGUGUUUUGGGGAUUGUCCUGGUGUUGUGGGCCAUGGGCUGCAUUCAGAGCAUUAGCUGCAAAUCCAAAGGUAUUCGGGAGAGCAUCUCCGUGGUGGAAGUCAAAGCCUCCAUCGAUCCCGUCCCCACCAACAUCGAUGAGUCGUCCAGCGUGGUGCUGAGGUACCGGACGCCGCACUUCCGGGCUUCCGCUCAGGUGCUGAUGCCUCCCAUUGUCAAGAAGGAGACCUGGAUCGUGGGCUGGAUCCAGGCGUGCAACCAUAUGGAGUUCUACAAUUACUACGGGGAACAUGGAAUGUCCAGCUGGGAAUUACCGGAUCUCCUGGAAGGCAAGAUCCAAGCGAUUAGUGACUCCGACGGCGUGAACUACCCGUGGUACGGAAACACCACGGAAACUUGCACUAUUAUCGGCCCCACGAAGAAGGAGGCCAAGUUCGGCGUCAGCAUGAACGACAAUUUCUACCCCAGCGUCACGUGGGCCGUGCCGGUGAGCGAGAGCAACGUGGCCAAGCUCACGCACAUCCACCGGGAUCAGAGCUUCACGACUUGGCUGGUGGCCACCAACACAACCACUAGCGAGAUGGUGACCUUGCAGACGAUCAAGUGGCGCAUGAAACUGGGCAUCGAAGUGACUCCCAGCAAGCCAGUGGGACAACGUGCCAAGCUCCGCGAGCCCUCCGCUCAGGAGCAGCCGCAAGUUCUCAACAAGAAUGAGCCAAUACCACCCAGUGCCCUUGUGAAGCCUAAUGCCAACGACGCCCAGGUACUUAUGUGGAGGCCGACGGACGGGCCACCUCUAGUGGUGAUACCUCCAAAGUAUCGAUAAUGCGAACUUCGGGUGUCCCUGCGGCACGCGAUGUGGGGACAGAGGAGGAGAACAAACCACUUUAGCAUUUAAGAAGAUAUAUAUUUAAGCAAAAAACAAAGAUGCACUUUUUAAUUCAUUUGAGAAAGAGAAAAAAAAAUGCAACCAUUCUACCUUCUCCCAUCGGAACGGAUCACACUGUGCUACUGAAGCUGCAAGGAAGAACUCCCCUCCGAUUGUUAUGGUGGGGGGUUGGGGGGGGGGUGGCGACAUCUGACAAUGUUGAAUUUCUAAGGGUGGGAACACACAACGCACUUAUUCCCGGCUCUAUAAAAGUUUCUUUUUCUUCCUUUGGCGGUUGUUUGACAUUUAAUCUCAUUUAACUUCGCUUGGAUCAUGCGAAUAAGAGAGAGAGAGAGAGAGAAAAUUGCUUAUAUGGCCCCUUCUGCCCAUACAGAAUAAUGCAUUUUCAAUCCACUUUCACAAUUGUUUGCAAGCGGAUUUUGCUAUUCCGCACAGCUGCAAAGUGCAUUGAAAGUGGGUUGAAAGCGCAUUAUUCUGCAUGUGCGGAAGGGGCCACAGUGGGAAAUUUUGUUUGUGUUAAGAGCUGAGGGGAAAAAAUCGGUUGGGGAGUGGAAUUACAAUGUUGGUUAUUCCUUUUUAUAAGGAUGGGUUUCUUUCUCUCUCUCUCUUUUAUUUAGUCGACAAAAAAAAAUGUUCCAAAUUGCAUACUGAAGCCUUAUGUAGAUUUUGCUUUGCAUUUGCCAAACGUUUGCCUUAAGCCGCAUUUGAACAGAAGGGAAAAAAAUAGCAAACAGGAGAUUCUUCUCCUUCUUACUGGAUCUUAGAAAGUGGGAUGCUUUGGUCUGGCUGCAAGAAAUUCUCACACUUUUAUCACAGCCGGCUUCCCUAAUUAAGGUUUGCUAGCUACCCCCCCCCCCCCCCCCCCCCCCCCCCCAGUGUUAAACAGCUACACAACAGGCUAAAACCUCCCUGGUAGAGAUUCAUGUAGAGAUGCGGUGACUGAAGAAGAUGUACCUGCUGAAUUUCCACCUGUCUGUAGCUGCUGCAGACAUAACAAGUCUGACUGAGGAAAAAAAUUGUAUUCUUACAUUAUGGGCUCACCCCAAUAUACUGGAGUAGAGGAGGCCGGUGUCUUUUCAUCCUGUUGGUGGGCAUUUGCUUUCCUGCUAGCAAGAAUCUUUACUUCUAAUGGAAGGGAGGCACGUGACAGGCCUCCUUCCUUCUAUGACCGUUUUGACGCGUGGUUACUAGGUGGGAAACUGUCAGCAAUCCUCACCUGUUCCUCCUAGGAAGGAAGUGGUGAAAGUGGAGAUUUCACUCAACAGACUUGCUCAUUUGGAGGCCUUCGUGUCACUUGUAAGAAACUAAAAAGGCUUUUCUGUUUAGAAGGAUCCCUUUCCAAACAGGGGUGAUGACAAAAUAAUAUAUGUUUUUAAACGUGGGCAGGGUUUAAUAUGAAGGCACUAAAAUAAGCCCUUUGUAACACUGUGGGGUUCAAUGUAUUGUCGAAGGCUUUCACGGCCGGAAUCACUGGGGUGUUGUGUGAUUUCCGGGCUGAAUGGCCGUGUUCUAGUAGCAUUUUCUCCUGACGUUUCGCCUGCGUCUGUGGCUGGCAUUUUCAGAGGACUUGAUGGUAGUUCUUUAUGGGGUUCUUUCUUACAUCCUUUCUUAACCAAACUGUGGAGUUCUUUCUUGCAUUCACCAAAACCCAUCAUUUUUCUUUCCUUAAAAAUAUGGGACGGUGAAUAAUACCAGUUGGAAUCAUUUGGGAUCGGGACGUUUGAGUGCCUGCCUUUCGUCUUCAAAUUGGAAAAUGUAUUAUGUUCAUUCAGAUUGGUAAAUGUAUUCUAGUUAUUUGGUAGCAGAGUAUCCACGCUGACUGUUUGCCAUUAGUUGAUUGCUGAAAUGGCUGCUACUAUGCAGUGCUGUAGGGUUAGCAUUCAAGCAGGGUAAUUGGGUGUUGAGUUACCACUAAGGAUUAGAAGUGGUUUGCCAUUCAUUAUUUGCAUUGUGGGGGCUGGAGAACAAUGAUUAUAGGAGCAGAGUUAUCGAACGUCCUCCUGGAGCAGAAAUGUUUUGUAGAGGGUCUGUUUUAAAGACACUCCAUAUUUUAAUACAAGGGAAUACAGAGUAGCCAUAACCCCCUUUCUCCACAAUAGGGGCAAAACAGAAAGGAACAGGAGUAAUCUACUCCCGAUUGGAGAGACUUGCACAAAACAGGGGAGAAGUGACGUACUUUGCAAUUGGAGUCAAAAUGGGACUUGACUACUGAAGUUGGAAAGUGUAGGUGGAAACGUGGAAUACUUCUACUGACUGCUGUGUUCUAUUUUUGGAGGAUUUCCAGGAUGUGGAUAAUUGUAAUCUGGCCAUGAUUUUUAAUAAUCCACAAAGCCAGCUCAGCACCCCAGAAUAUAUUCCAGAGGGAACUGACCCAACUUGUCCAUACGUAUUACUGUCUUGUCAGUGAGGCCCAGAAUUAGUUCUGGAUCAGCCAAAUACCGGGCUUCUCUACGGCCCGUAAUGUGGCCUGUGAAAACACACCGUUUCACAUCUGGGGUUCUAUUUUUCUAGCACCAAAUAACCGCUGCACAUCUAGGGUUCCAUUUCUUUAGCACCAAAUAACCCCCUACCUGAGAUAUGCAUCACUGUGGCUGCACUUUGCGUUUAGAAUAUCCCCCUCCCCUCAUAAAAUUAAACAGGAUUCACAGCGGUUCUCCCUUUAAGCUGAUCUGGGACUAGCAUUUAGAGAGAAGGCAGAUCGGAGCGCUCAGGGUUUCCAGUUCUUCCUCUUUCUGGUUUGACAAAAUGCUCACCCCUACAGACCCCUUCCUUAAGGCCCGUUCAGGAAAUGAGUUUGCCCGUGCUGCCGCUUUUGGAACGGGUGGGUCGGAAUCUGACACAAAAAAGGGCAACAAAAGGAAAGAAUCGGCUUAAGAGGAGCAGCAGUGGCGUGGGACGUUAAGAGCUCGUGUGUCUA